AUGCCUGUGCUUCUGAACUGGAGCCCACAGCAGAAGGUUCCUGAUGUCAUCAGCAGCAUAAGACAAGUCUCCAAAGCAGCUCUGAAAGAAGAUGCCAAACCAAGUAAGGAUAGUGAAGAUGCCUUCUAUGACUCUCAAAAAUUUGAGGUUUUGUACUGUGGAAAGGUGACGGUGGCUCACAAGAAAGCUCCCUCCACGCUAAUUGAUGAUUGCAUUGAAAAAUUCAGCCUUCAUGAGCGCCACCGCCUGAAACUAUUAAAUGAGCAACGGAAUAAUGAGUCAAGUUUUGACUUACCCCUGUGUGAAGGAAAUGCGCCAUCUUCUCCAUUGGAUAGCCCAUUUGAGGAGCUGGACAGCCCAGAUAACACCACAGGGCAUGCUGCAAUGUUUACAAUCGGCAGCCAGACCAACUUGACCAACCUGGCCAACACUCGUGGCUCCUUUCCAGAGCGAAUUUUAGAGGACACUGGCUUUGACGAGCAGCAAGAGUUUCGCUCCCGGUGCAGCAGUGUCACUGCAGUUAUGCAAAGAAAGGUUCAUGACGCAAACUUGAAAAUACAGCCACGCCGAAGACAUGCAAGUGCACCCAGUCAUGUUCAGCCCUCUGAUUCUGAGAAGAACAGGACAAUGUUGUUCCAGGUUGGAAGGUUUGAAGUUAACCUCAUCAGUCCGGACACCAAAUCUGUUGUGCUUGAAAAGAAUUUUAAAGAUAUCUCCUCAUGUUCUCAGGGUAUAAAACAUGUUGAUCACUUUGGCUUCAUUUGCCGGGAGUCUGUUGAACCUGGGUUGAGCCAGUAUGUUUGCUAUGUGUUCCAGUGUGCAAGUGAGUCUCUGGUUGAUGAGGUAAUGCUUACCCUGAAACAAGCCUUUAGCACUGCUGCAGCUCUGCAAAAUGCCAAGACACAGAUUAAACUGUGUGAGGCCUGCCCUAUGCAUUCAUUGCACAAACUUUGUGAAAGAAUUGAAGGACUCUAUCCACCAAGAGCCAAACUUGUAAUUCAGAGACAUCUGUCAUCACUAACUGAUAAUGAGCAAGCAGACAUUUUUGAACGUGUUCAGAAAAUGAAGCCUGACAAUGACCAGGAAGAAAAUGAACUUGUGAUCUUACAUCUACGCCAGCUCUGUGAAACUAAGCAGAAAACGCACAUUCACAUUGGUGAAGCACCAUUGACCAUUUCGAACAGUGCGAUUCCAGAAAGCACCACCAGUGGUGGCAGGUUUAAACUUGACAUUCUGAAAAACAAGGCCAAGAAAUCCUUGACGAGCUCUCUGGAAAAUAUCUUCUCAAGGGGAGCCAACAGAAUGCGAGGCCGCCUGGGAAGCGUGGACAGCUUUGAGCGCUGCAACAGCCUUGCUUCUGACAAAGACGCUUCGCCGGGCGAUUCCCCGCCAGCAACUCCUCCGGCGUCCCCCGUGUCCUCGGCCUGGCAGCCGUUUCCCGAGGAAGACUCGGACUCCCCUCAGCUAAGGAGGCGCGCACACACCUUCAGCCACCCCCCCUCCAGCGCCCGGCGGAGGAUAACCUUCCAGAACGGGAGGUCCCAGAGCGUCCGGUCCCCGCUGCUGCGGCAGAGCUGCGUCGAGGCGCCAAGCCCUAUUGUUGGGGUUCGACGCGCUCUCAGUGAGAGUGAAUCUGCGUCUCCUCGGCUCCCCUCCUCUGUCUCUGCCCCUUCUUUCCUGAAAAGCUUUUACCAGGGCUCAGGAAGGUUGCUCCAGCAUUCAGAAAGUGACCUCUCCAAGAG